AUGUCUUCUGAGACCGCGAACGCCUCGUGGCAUCCCGCUUUUAUGCCUAACGAUGCCAGUGGCGAUGCACCUUUGCGCGCAAACCCUGACGCCUCACCACCCCCGGCUCCUGUCCAGAGCGAAGUUGCCGAAGAUGCCGAGCAUGUAUUCCAAACGCAACAACCCACUGAGCUAGAGGAAGAGCCAGAAAAACAGACCAGCCCCUGGGUCGCCGAGGGGAAUGAGGAAGAUGCCACGGACGAUUGGCCUGUCUUCGACCGACAGCCAACAGACGUCUCGGCCGAAUCUGACGCGGUCAACGAGAUUGCUCCCGUUCCGAACACAACCGCCGGGUCUGAACCAGCAUCUCAAUCCCCUUCUCCGGCGGCUGCAGAGGAGGUUGCCCCGGAGCCGAGUACCGUCGCUGAGGAAGCCAAGCCAGCUGCAACUGUAUUGGGUCAUACCAGCAACAACUCGUUUACUCGAACUGUUUCUCAUGAGUUCAACUGGGAUGAUGACCACGACGCCGAAUGGACUCUUCCUCGAACCGAUACAGAUCCUUUCAAGUUCAUGCCGCCGAGUGACAGAACGAACUCGUUUCCACCUGUGCCGCCCGUUUCCGGAGCCUCUACCACUGUCCCUGGCACGGAGCAGCCUCUUCCGUCUAACCAAGCUGAAGACCUGAUUAACGAGAUCGAGAACACGCCCGAGCACUUUGAUACCGGCGUCCGCGAAGAGACGAGUCAUACAGCAACUGAACACGAUGCUGAUUUCGGCGACGAAGAAACACAUGACGACCAACACUAUGUUGGCCGUGACGCGACUUUCACUGAAGAGGAGGAUCUCGGUUCGCGGUAUGAAGAAGGAGUUCCGUUAAUCGCUCACACGGAAGCUCACGGGGAAGCGUCGCAACCCCCGCAGAAAGUGGCUGAUUUCGGAGAAGAGGCAACUGGCGAGGAUGACUUCUUUAGUCAGAUCCAGGACUCCAACAACGACGACUUCCCAGACUUUGCUGCCAAUCAGGCCCUGCAGCGUAAAUCUACCAUGCAAGCCAUGGGCGACUUGAACAAAACUACGCUCUCCAGAACCGACACGUUGGAAGAAAUGCUUGAAGAGGACGAGGACGAGAUUGAUGCAGCGGCCCAAACUCAGCCGACCGAUACUACGGACGACCCAGAGCCAACUCCAGAGUCUACGCAACCCGAGGAUUCUGAAGAAAAGCCAACAGACGAUCUUGCUGCCAAGUGGGAAGAAGCCUUCGCAGACGAUGAUGGCGAGGACUUUUUACUUGAUGACGCGCUCGACGAGAACGGCGAAUCUAAGCCAGUUGACCCUUCAGCAUUUUUUGGUAGCGACGACGAGGGCUUCCUUGAGGACGAAGAAGAGUCUCAACCUCCUUUCUCCGCGGCCCCCUCUCAGGAGCAACCACACAUCCAACAAGGACGAUACACGCCUGCUGCCGCACCUCAACAAGCUGCCCGGUCUGCUUACGCUCCGAGCACGCAGGCAACACCGUUUCCUUACCAACCCCAGACGGCAACUACACCUUUUGCGCCGGUGGCUCCUUACACGGCUCCGCAGGGACGUCCAGAGCCUCCCAAAACACAGAGUUUCGCGGCCCAAUCCAAAGGCGGUUACACGUCUCCAUACGAUCUUCCCAUGGAGGUUGUCGUGCCAAAGAAGAGGGCCAGCACGCAGCAACUCCCACGAAGCCCGUCAACUGGGCCAGCAUUGGCUCCUCCGAGGAGCUCCAGCAUGCAAGCUCACACGCCGCCCCCACCGAGAGCUGCUACAUCCAGCAUUUCGCCCCCAACGUCGAGCCACUCUGUGCAGCACCCGCCGACAGGAAACAAAGGUGCACCGCCUCUCCGAAACCAGGACAGCUUCUUUGAGGAGUUGCCUAUGGCUUCUAAACCUCGGUCUGCCUCGCGACAGAGCUACCGCGUUUCCUCGCCUUCUUUGGCUGGCCCUCCUGCACCCCUCCAGCCUUCAAACCAGGCUCAACUUGCUCCGUCGCUUUUGUCGCCGCCCUUGCUUUCACCUCCUGGUACGUCCCGCUCGGCAUCUGGAGGAAUUCCAAACUUGGUGCCCGGUGAGCGCGUCAACCCCUAUGCCCCUCAAACGGCGCAGCAGCAGGCCCAUGGCAUCCCAAACAACGCCAGCGCCAACAGCCAAUGGAGCCGGUCGUCCGCCUUCUUCAAGCAGAUACUCGCCGGCACCGACGGCUGGGAGACCGUCCGUGCCCGCUUAUCACUCGGCCGCCGCGUCUCCCACUGUCUUGCCGCACUUGCCUAG